CGUGUUGCCUACCACACCGCAUUGCACGUUUGACAGCUGACGUGAUGGUUGGUGUUAUUGUAGAACUGUCAAAAUUGUGAAAAAUACGACCGAAAUGAUGAACUGGCGGUGGUUUUUCAAUAUUUUGGUCGGACUUUUGUGUCUCGUCGUCGAUUUUAGUGACACGCAGCUGGUCAUCAACGUCCGAAACCAGGGUGGUGACGUCGUCCAGGAAAAUAUCUUCGCGAAUGUCACCGACGAUACAGUCAGCUUAGAGUUUCAAAGGUCAGACGGGACCUUAAUUACUCAAGUUAUAGACUUCAGAAAUGAGGUGCAAAUCCUGAAGGCGCUGAUCUUGGGGGAGGAGGAGCGCGGUCAGAGUCAAUACCAAGUCGUGUGUUUCAUUUUUCACUUCGACAAAGACUCUUUCAUUUCAUCCGACGCAAUGUCGAAAUUGCGUCAGAAAAACCCAAGUACGAUUCGAACGCCUGAGGAGGACCUCGGCAGAAGCAACUACAGCAUGGACUACACCGUCGUUUUGCCUCACUCUGGUCUCAUCUCCCCCUUCGUCGCCGAUCUGUGUGCAGAAGCAGGCGAAGCGACCUACACCAGACACGCAGACUUGGUAUUAUGGGCAGCUGCUCAAGGCAUCCCGGAGACGACGUAUUUAACCGCUUUGAAGAAGUUCCCAUCUUCAGUGAACCACUUCAUGAGCAACAGCGUCGAAGACGACGUCCGUCCGAGCGUUUCCAGUUGCACCAGCAUGAAAAAAAUGCGUUCGCCUUGUCAGUGCCACUUAGAACUGUGCAUAGGUUGGUACCCUUGUGGUUUAAAAUACUGCAAGGGCAAAGGUCAGUCGAAAAACUCAGUUAUGACGUACCGUUGCGGCAUCAAAACGUGCAGAAAGUGUCAUUUAUUCGCCUAUUAUGUCGCGCAAAAACAGCAAUGUUUGUGGGACGAAUGACCAACGUGAUGAACGACUUUAAUGCCUUAAUUGCUUUCAUGACAAGGACCAACAUGCCUUAGAGUAAUUUCUAGUUGUCGUAAAAAAUACUUCCAGACAAAACGGUUAUGAUUUAUGUGCCAAAUUUGUGUUGGGAGUUUUGUCCAGGAAGUCAGUUUUAUACAAGUGUUUAGCUCCAUAAGUGUAAGUGUUUCAUUUGCGACAGCCAAUCAUUGAUGUAACUUGACCUACGCCGCUUCUAGUGUACCAUUGGUUUAAAUAAAUGUAUUUUUAAUAAAA